UUUUGACGUAAUCCACACUCGAAUCUCUCUCUUCUGAUUCCCACUGUUGUUUUGUCUCUCCGACAUCUCUCUCUCUCUCUCUCUCUCUCAGCAUGAACACAACUCCGUCCUGUCCAAGCUAAAUCUUAUGUUUCAUGAAUAUCGAGAUCACUGAUCUGUAGUCGUUAACAUCCCCGUCUCGGUUUUCAAAUUUCCCCGAUACCCAAUGGAGAAAAAAUGAUCUUUUUUGUCUUUUGACGAAUCAAAGAGGUCGCGUUAGCUUUACUUAGACAGGGCGACAACAAUGGCGGCUGUACGGCGGUCGGAAUCGGCGGUUAUCGGUCUGGUUCUGGUUUGGUUUCCGGCGGCGGUUCUAGCGUUGGGUUUACCGGUGACUCUGAAACUGGAACGGGCGAUUCCGGCGAGUCGCGUGUUGGAACUGAGUCAACUCAGGGCGCGUGACAGAGCCAGACAUGGCAGGUUGUUGCAGUCCUUAGGCGGAGUAAUAGAUUUUCCCGUCGAUGGAACGUUUGAUCCCUUUGUUGUCGGAUUAUACUACACAAAACUCCAAUUGGGAUCUCCUCCAAGAGAGUUUUAUGUGCAGAUUGAUACAGGAAGUGAUGUUUUGUGGGUCAGCUGUUCUUCUUGCAAUGGAUGCCCUCAGACCAGUGGACUCCCGAUUCAGUUGAAUUUCUUUGAUCCUGGGAGCUCAUUCACAUCUGCGUUGAUCUCAUGUUCAGACCAGAGGUGCAGUUGGGGUGUUCAGUCUUCUGAUUCAGGUUGCUCAGCUCAGAGCAAUCUUUGUUCUUACACGUUUCAAUACGGAGAUGGAAGUGGAACCUCGGGUUUCUAUGUAUCCGAUAUGUUGUACUUUGACAUGAUUGUCGGGAGUUCUUUUGUUCCAAACUCAACUGCCCGGGUUGUGUUCGGGUGCAGCACCUCUCAGACAGGAGAUCUGGUGAAGUCUGAUAGAGCUGUUGAUGGAAUCUUUGGAUUCGGACAGCAGGGAAUGUCACUGGUUUCACAGCUCGCUUCGCAAGGAUUGGCUCCUCGAGUAUUCUCGCACUGUCUGAAAGGAGAGAACGGUGGUGGAGGCGUACUUGUUCUUGGAGAAAUCGUGGAACCUAACAUCGUCUUCACUCCUCUUGUCCCCUCACAGCCUCACUACAAUGUGAAUCUUCUGAGCAUUUCGGUAAAUGGCCAAAAUUUGGCCAUUAAUCCAUCGGUGUUCUCCACGUCAAACGGGCAGGGAACGAUCAUCGAUACUGGUACAACGCUGGCCUACCUUGCUGAAGCAGCGUAUGAUCCUUUCGUCGAAGCUAUUACAAAUGCUGUUUCUCAGUCAGUCCGACCCGUUCUUUCAAAGGGGAACCAAUGUUACGUGAUCACAUCGAGCCUUGCAGACAUAUUUCCUCAAGUUAGCUUGAACUUUGCUGGUGGAGCUUCCAUGUUCUUGAACCCACAGGAUUACCUCAUCCAGCAAAACUCCAUCGGCGGUGCUGCGGUGUGGUGCAUAGGGUUUCAGAAGAUACAGGGUCAAGGGAUAACCAUCUUAGGAGAUUUGGUUCUCAAAGACAAGAUCUUUGUCUACGAUCUUGUCGGCCAGCGGAUCGGAUGGGCAAACUACGACUGUUCGAUGGCGGUGAACGUUUCAGCGGCAAGCAGCAGCGGGAGAAGCGAAUACGUGAACGCGGGUCAGUUCAGAGACAAUGCCUCGCCUCAGCCGCGGCCCGGAAACAUCCUAACCAUCCUCGUCCUCGUCCUCGUCUUUGUCCCCGUCCUCGUUCCUUUAUGACACAAAAAAGCAAAGCAUCUUACUUGGCCUUAGUUUUAUGUACAUUGUGCUUCUCCGGUGUGUAAUUUUCAGGCAACCGGUGAAUCCAAAAAAAAAAAAUUUAACUUUUUUCCCCUGUUUUUUUUUACACUCUCCAUUGGAUUAGUGAUUUUACCGUUCUUGUCAAAUUACAAGUGUUUUUAGGUAUUUAGAUGAUUUGGUUUUUUGAAUGUGUAUGUAUAUAUCUUCAAUGAAGAUACAUGCAACUAUCUUUGCAAUUAAACUACCCUUUUCGUUGUGCCAA